CCUUGACCUCGACAUUCCAUGACUUGAAGUGACUUCGACGUUGUCCUCGACGAUCACCACAAGUCUUAUACCUCCCAAGCACAGGCUACUCUACCCCACGACAUGGUAUCCACCAUCCCCUCUCCACCCGAUACAUCCUCGCGAGAGCCAGCGAGCAAGCGCCGCCGCCUCGACCACAAAUCACGCUCGAGAUCGAACUCGCCCAAUGCGCAGAAGGCGGACACCACAUUUCAGGCCAAUGAUGAGUAUAUCUCGCUGGUAGACGACGAUGUGCCGGGGCUGGGCAGGGCGGAGGACUUGAAGGGGAAGGCCCGCGCAUCAGACUCGAAGGACACGAGAGGCCGCUACGAGCGCGAGAGGGACUGGGAUCGGGGGAAGAAGCGCCAGCGGAGCAGGAGUCGCAGCCGGGACCGUAAUGGUGACCGUGACCGCGAGCGUGGACGGGAUCGCCGAGGGGGCGAUGGCCGACCUAAGCGGGACUACAACUAUCUGCUGGACCAGCGGCCCAUGAUCGAAGAGCGUGCGCCAUGGAUCAGUGGACUGAACUUCGGGUCAUGCAAGGAUGCUGCUCAGCUGCUACACACCGAGAUCAAGGCGUUCGAUAGCUGGAUAUCCCCCACACCCGCUGAAGACGAGGUCCGAAGUAUGAUAGUUCUGCUCAUCGCAAGGAUCAUCCAGGACAAGUUCCCCGACGCGGAGGUCAGGCCUUUCGGCAGCUAUGGAACGAAGCUAUACCUCCCUCAUGGCGAUAUCGACCUUGUCGUCCAAUCCAAUACCCUCGAGCAGAACAACAAGAAGACCGUGCUCCAGCGCCUCGCCGACCUCAUCCGCUCUGCGCGCCUCAGCUCAGGCAAAGUCCAAGUGAUUGGCGCACGCGUGCCCAUCAUCAAGUUCAUCACAGCAGCCGAAUACGGACGCUUUCAGAUCGAUAUCUCCGUCAACCAGUUCUCUGGUCUCGUCUCUAGCGACAUCAUCAAUGGCUUCCAGCGUGGCAUGCAGUGCCCGAUCGCUAUACGCUCGCUGGUGCUCAUCCUCAAGCUCUACCUCAGCCAGCGCGGCAUGAACGAGGUGUACACCGGUGGCCUGGGCAGCUACAGCAUCGUCUGCCUCGUCCUCAGCUUCCUGCAGAUGCAUCCGAAGAUACGCAACGGGGAGAUUGACCCGGAGCGGAAUCUGGGCGUGCUAUUGCUCGAGUUCUUCGAGCUGUAUGGGAAGUAUCACAAUUACGAAGAAGUUGGUGUUUCUCUGCGGCACGGCGGGCAGUACUUUAGCAAACGCGUGCGCGGGUGGUACAACUACACGCGGCCGCGGUCUUUGUCGAUCGAGGACCCCAGCGAUCCCGAGAACGACGUAGCUAGCGGCUCGUACAACUACUUCAAGGUCCGACAGACGAUGGCGGGCGCGCACGAUCUCCUCACCUCGGCGGCGUACAUCAAGACGACGUUGCUCAAAGCGCGGCACGAUAAUAGCUAUAUAUCCUUUCGAAAGGGGCACACGCACCCUGCCGACUUCAGCAUGUUGUCGAGUAUCGUGCAUGUUUCGCAAGAGGUCAUCAACCAUCGUCGCCUCGUCCAGGAGAUCUAUGACGACGGCCACCUGCAUCGUAUGCUCGGCCUCGCACCGCCGAAGGUUCUUACUACCGCCACCGCUCACAACCUGAAGGAGACUGCUCCUUCCGAGCCCACUACCGCCCCCGUUCACCCUCCCUCGCGUACGAAUUCCCAAGCCGGUGAACAUUGGCGUCCCGCAGACGGCAUGGACACGGACUCCGAUAUCGUCGAGGUCGAGCCGCCGCGCGGCAAGAAGCGGCGGGCAGAUGAAGAAGACGAGGAAGACGAGGGUGGACGAUAUGGUAUUAAGAAGCCUCGCGGUCCAGCGAAGGUCGCCGCGAUCUACGUAUCCGACGACGAGGAUUCGGACGGCGGUCCGCGCGGCGCGCACGAUGAUGCGGAUGUCGUUCUGAACCUUGAAGAGUCCAAGGACGGUGAGGCGCCGCGAUCCAGGUCAAGUCGACCGCCUCUCGAGCGCCAGGCAUCGAGGGAGAAGACGGAGCGCAAGCGGGCGUAUUGGAGCUCGUUGGCGGCGAGUACGGCAGAUAUGGACGAGGAGCACCCAUGAUCAUGACCUGAGAUGGUGUUUUCGAGUCACUUGUUGUAUGUUCAUGUAUCUGAUGUGUAAUGGAUGCGGCGCAUUGCGCUAUUGUAUCAAUGCUAGUGGUGGGUGGCUAUGGUACAGUGCCGUUGUAAAGGUAAGGGAAGUGC